AUGUCUAUUGUUCCAGCACAGCUGAAUACAUACACAACAGCUUCAUAUAUCAUUCUCGAAUGGAUUCGUCAUGAACACGAUGAAAUUGGUCAACGAAUCAAAGACGAAAUCGAUUGUGCACCGGUGAAAGGUGAAAUAACAAUUGAAUAUUUGAAUUCGAUGGAAUAUGUUCAAGCAUGUGUUUAUGAAGUAAUUAGAAUGCAUACUGAUUUUCUAUUGAGUCUGCGACAUGCUGGUGAAAAUAUUUCUCUUUCGUAUGACAAAUUUAUUCCAUCCGGAAAUCUUGUUGCAACUCCUUUGACUGGCGUACAUGAUUUGUAUCUUAAUCCAAACAAGUUUGAUCCCGAAAGACAUUUGAAACCACGAAAAGAGAUGAAGGCUGAUCCAUAUAGAGCAUUGUCUUUUGGACGCGUCGAUAUACAAUCAUCGGAUUUUAAAAAAAUGGCCGAGAAAUUUUCCGAAGUUUUUUUACAAUCGACUACCGGACAAGUAGUAACUAUUCCAAAAGAGGUGAAUCAAUUAACAAUCAAAGAUGGCAUUAUUUUCAUCGGUAAAGAACAUCCUAAUCAUUCAAAAUCUUACUGUUGUCGAUUUUUAAUGGUUUUGGUUUUAUUGUUGGUUUUUGGAGUAGGAGCAAUAAUGAUUAAACCAAUGUUCGGUCAAUUACCGACAAUUGUUCUUCGUGAUUUACGUGAUAAUUCAUUGCUCGAUCGUAGUAUCAUAAAAUCAUCGACUUCAAUAACACAAACAACUAGCCAAACGACAAACAGUCAAUCGAAUGUAACAAUUCUUUAUUCAAUGGUUAAUCCCUAUACAAGUUUACCCAGCUAUUACAAAAUCUCUUCGGUCUAUAUAGCAAGGGCUUAUCAAACGACAUUAUUAUUUUUCAUGCAAAAUGGUCCAUCGUGGACAUAUCUUGACGAUGUUUCAGUCAAGAAUACAUAUGGAACAGAGCUUCUUAAUAAUGGAGAUUUUGAGAAUAACAGCACCUUAUAUUGGCAUGGAUGGUCUAAUGCAAAUAUUGUUGUAGGAAGUAAUGCACAUACAGGUCAGCGGUGUCAUAGUGAAGGUGCUUCUGCAGGAAAAAAUCUAUCACAAACAUUUUAUACAACACCUGGAGAUGUGCUCAACAUUACUUUUUGGAUUCAAUGGAAAGGAACUGGUUCACUCAUUUCAACCAAAGUUACCAUUUAUCCAUGA